UUUUUUUUAGCACAGACUCACAGAAUGCUGAGCAGUCAACAGUAUUUCUUGCUCCAAGAUCACCCUUCUGACUACCUCCCUGGCUGCCAAAUUGCUAGCGCCUUCAUAGUUUGAUAGCUUCAGGGCCUUCAUAGUUUCUCAGCUCCAAGCAUUAGGUAAACCCAACACACUGGGAUUGCACUGGUCCUACGAUGGCUUUUGACUGCAGCUGCUUCCUUUUGGUGGUGCUGUUUUCUGCCAGCUGUAAAGUCAUCGCCUCCUUGGAUCAGACGUGCAUUGAGAAAGAAGCCAACAAAACAUAUAACUGUGAAAAUUUAGGUCUCAGUGAAAUCCCUGACACUCUACCAAACACAACACAAUUUCUGGAAUUUGGCUUUAAUUUUUUGCCUACACUUCACAAUAGAACCUUCAAGAGACUCAUGAAUCUUACCUUUUUGGAUUUAACUAGGUGCCAGAUUAACUGGAUACAUGAAGGCACUUUUCAAAGCCAUCAUCAAUUGAGCACACUUGUGUUAACUGGAAAUCCUUUGAUAUUCAUGGCAGAAACAUCACUUAAUGGCCCCAAGUCACUAAAGCAUCUUUUCUUAAUCCAAACGGGAAUAUCCAAUCUCGAGUUUAUUCCAGUGCACAAUCUGGAAAACUUGGAAAGCUUGUAUCUUGGAAGCAACCACAUUUCCUCCAUUAAGUUCCCCAAAGAUUUCCCAGCACGGAAUCUGAAAGUGCUGGAUUUUCAGAAUAAUGCUAUACACUACCUCUCUAGAGAAGACAUCCGGUCUCUGGAGCAGGCCACCAACUUAAGCCUGAACUUCAAUGGCAAUGAUAUUAAAGAUAUUGAGCUUGGGGCUUUUGAUUCAACAGUCUUCCAAAGUUUGAACUUCGGAGGAACUUCAGAUUUGUCUGUUAUAUUCAACGGUCUGCAGAACUCUACUACUCAGUCUCUCUGGCUGGGAGUGUUUGAUGACACUGAUGACAAAGACGUUAGUUCAGCCGUGCUCAAGGGACUCUGUGAAAUGUCUGUUGAGAGCCUCAACCUGCAGAAACACCGUUUCUCUGACUUCUCAUCCACCACAUUUCAGUGCUUCACCCAAAUCCAGGAACUGGAUCUGACAGCAACUCACUUGGUAGGGUUGCCCUCUGGGAUUAAGGGUCUGAACUUGCUCAAGAAAUUAGUUCUCAGUGUAAAUCAUUUUGACCAAUUGUGUCAAAUCAAUGCUGCCAAUUUCCCCUCCCUUACACACCUCCACAUCAGAGGCAACGUGAGGAAACUUAACCUCGGUGUUGGUUGUUUGGAGAAACUAGGAAACCUUCAGACACUUGAUUUAAGCCAUAAUGACAUAGAGGCUUCUGACUGCUGCAGUCUACAACUCAGAAACCUGUCCCACUUGCAAAUCUUAAACCUGAGCUACAAUGAGCCUCUUGGUCUCCAGAGUCAGGCAUUCAAGGAAUGUCCUCGGCUGGAACUCCUGGAUUUGACAUUUACCCGCUUACACAUUAAUGGUCCACAAAGUCCCUUCCAAAACCUUCAUUUCCUACAGGUUCUGAAUCUCACCUACUGCUUCCUUGAUACCAGCAAUCAGCAUCUUCUAGCAGGCCUACCGGCUCUCCGGUAUCUCAGCUUAAAAGGGAAUCACUUUCAAGAUGGGACUAUCUUGAAGACCAACCUGCUUCAGACCGUGGGCAGCUUGGAGACUCUGAUUUUAUCCUCCUGUGAUCUCCUCUCCAUAGACCGGCAAGCAUUCUACAGCCUGGAAAAUAUAAGCCAUGUAGACUUAAGCCACAACAGCCUGACAUGCGACAGCAUUGAUACUCUUGGCCAUCUUAAGGGAAUCUACCUCAAUCUGGCUGCCAACAGCAUUAACAUCAUCUCAUCCCAUCUCCUCCCCAUCUUGUCCCAGCAGAGCACCAUUAAUUUGAGUCGCAAUCCCCUGGACUGCACUUGCUCAAAUAUUCAUUUCUUAACAUGGUACAAAGAAAACCUGCACAAACUCGAAGACUCAGAGGAGACCAUGUGCGCAAACCCGCCACCUCUAAAGGGAGUUAAGCUAUCUGAUGUCAAGCUGUCCUGCGGGAUUACAGCCAUGGGCAUUUUCUUUCUCAUAGUAUUUUUAUUAUUGUUCACUAUUCUGCUCUUCUUUGCAGUUAAAUACCUUCUCAGGUGGAAAUACCAACCCGUGUAGUGCUGAAGGUUUUCAGAGAAAGCAAAUAAAUGUGCUUAGCAAAAUUGCUGUAAGUGAAGGAACUGUCAUCUGCUGGUGACCAGACCAGACUUUUCCGAUAGGUUCCUGGAGCUGGGCAGGAACUCACUGUGCUUUUCUGAACGUCUUACUCCUGUGAGUCCCAGCGCUAACAAACCUUUAGGCAAGGACACUGGCUCAGGCCAGAGGGCCUGACACAGCUGUGAGAGGCACAGAGCCCUUUCCACAUGUGGAAGGUGGGAGGAAGCAGAGGGAGGGGCUGGGCAAGAACUGCCAGCUGAGAGUCAUCCACGGGGAGGCUGUCACCCUUCUACUCACCAACAUCCCUCCCAGCAUCCGACACCAUGUCCGUGAAAGGAGAUCAUCAGUCCCCACAAUUUGGCAGAGUGGAAGCUAGCACUGCUACCCUCCCCCCACCCCACCCCUGCCUACAGCAUUGUGCUUGGGUCUGGGUUCUCGGUAAUGUAGUCAUUUGGGAAACUUAGCUGGAGACAAAGUCUUAACGCUUACUUUAAAUAAAAAAAGAAAAACACAAUAAAUUUAGAAGAAAAGACAGAAAUGAAACUUGGUAUCAAAUAGACUCCAUUCAUCUUCUUAAUCCUUAGGUCUGUAGGGUCUCUAAAUGCCCCUAGGGUGUGAAUGGCUGUUAAAAAAAAAGAACCCAUCCCAAGGUUUAGAAUUUCUGCCACGUUUGCCUCACUCAGUUCAGAAAAUAGGCAGAGAUAGGCUCUCUCUGCCUAUCUGGUGUGCUGGCUCUUACGUUACAGAUCCUAACUUGCAGGUGAGCCGUGAUCCAAAACGGCUUCUCAUUCAGGCAUUCGGUUCUUGGAAGACGCUUUCCCAGCAGAACUGUGAGAUGAAUGGUGGUUCGUUCUCAGGCUGGCCCUUAAAAGCCUGUUUGCUUCGGAGAACAUUUGAAAUAGAGCAUUUACAUGAAAACUAGGAAGAAGACAUCCCUGCAUGCCAGCUGUUGGGAACACCGUAAAGCUGGCUUAGAGAGAAGUGGUUUCUGUUGAGGCUAGGGAUGUCAGCAAAGGUCACACCAGCAAUGAACAGGGGCCUGGACCAUUGAAUGAAGAGAGACGAAGAGCAAUGUCAUGACUUAGGCCUAAAGGGCCAUAUCACACAUGCUUCUAUCUUCUGGAGUCUUGAUUGCCAGACAAGCUUGGUGGGAGUUCCUGGACUCAAGGGGUGCAUUGAUAAAGCCUGGAUUCAGAUCCAUAACCAAUUUUAGGGUAGCGAUAGAGAUGGUAAUUUAUAGUUAGGAAGUUCUGAUAGACUAUCGAAGUAAAAAUUGAUCAAACCAAGCAGAAUAUAUUUGCCCUUAGGUUGAGGGCAUACUAGUGGGACAUCAGAACAGAGUGGAAACUCGGGGGUCAUCCUCUUUGUCUCUUCACCCCCAGGAAAGGCAAGACAGGCAGGGAACAGGAGUGGGUGAAGCUUUUCCCUGCUCAGGGAUUUUCGGUCUUGGAAUUUGCUUUUUUUUCCUUUGCCUGGAAGAUGCUGCUACUGGCCUCCAAGUGGCUUGUGCCCUCAUCUCCUUGAGAUUUCAGUGCUAAUAUUUUCUUCUCUCAGAGAGCGCUUCUCUGACCUAGCUAAUCCAAAGCAACCUCUAUGCAUCACCCAAUUCACUCUCAUAACACCGGGUUUUAGCAUUUUUAUAAUGCUUACCAGUGUUUGGAAUUACUUUCGUCAUUUGUUUUAAUUAAUCUGUCUUGUCUCUCCCAAAUACAAGCUUCAUGAGAGGGUCUUUGCCCAAGGAUGUCCUAGAACAUGCCUGGGACAUAGUAAGGACUCAAAAUAUUUUUAGUAUGUCCUAAUCCCUGAGCCUUGAUGGCUUCCAGUUCUGCCACCAUGCCUGUCCUAUUGACUCUUGCUCCUGACAUCUCCACUGUUUCCUGGGCAUCCCACAUGUUUUUCACUGGAAUAUUUUAGGAAAGUCUGUACAAAAUGGAUUCUCAGGCCUCACCCUCAGAUCUGUUGGACUGAGGUGGCUCUGGAUUCCCAGCCAAAUGAUUCCAUGUAAAAUCCCUCCCUAUUCUUAGUUAUAAAUGUAUUCCUCCUGAUUUUCCCAUCUUAGAGUGGGGAAGGUCCACACUCUAAGAAUCCAGUCUUAGACAGCACGAACCCAUUGAGUUCCUGCAUAUUCUGUCAGAUGUAAGCUCUUUCUUGCCUUAGGGAUUUAAACUGCAGAUGGAGUAUAUUAAUUACUGAUUUAUCUACUCAUAGACAUACUGCCUUCCAUAAUAUUUAAUAUGGAACUUGGAAAAACAAGACAAUGAAAGAGGCCCAAGCCUUAGCAAAGCAUAGUGGUCCAUCCUGCUUUCCCUUCUCAGGCCCACUCCCUUCUCUGUGAUGCAGCUCGUUGCUCCAUAACUGAUCUAAGGCUUUGUGACAGCUCCUCUGUUUUAACCAACAGUAAAUUCACCCCACAAAGUCAGAAAGGGAGCUUUUUGAUGGCUGCUGUCAAUUUUAUUGCUUUAUCCUGUUUACUAGGAUAGAAUCUGUAACAUGGUGUGUUUAUUGGUUUUAUGUAUUGCAUGUUGCUGCUGCUCUGACAAGCUACUCCUAUAAAAAUGUGUUAUGAUUGCAUGAUGGAGCUCAGUGAGCUGACCCUGCAUUUCAAAGGGUACUGAAGCAAAUAUCAUUGAAGUCCAUAAAAGCUGACUGGCCUCCAUCACAGAGGACUCUCUGCAUGAGCUGCAACUCCUACAAUCUGAGAGAGAAUUACAUCUUACCCUGUGCCAGCAGCCACUAACCGAGUACAGCACAGCCCUGAACCCAAGCAUUAUCUGUAAAAUUCCAAGACAGAAAACUCAUUCCAUUCUUAUUUGUCCACCUCUCUAAUCAGUAUUGUUUGCGAUUUUGAUACCUACAAAAGUAUGAAACAAAUGGCUCUAGAAUGUUUUCCUAUAUUAGUAUAGUGGGCAAGAUGGGUGGCUGACAUUGUUUGGCCCUGAAUGUUGAAUAGAAAAUUGAAUUAAAGCAAGAGGGGAUGUGCUUUUUUCUUAGCAAGUCAUGACUGGGGGUGUCCCAGGUGUUGGGCUGGAGUUGAUGGCCUGACAAAUUAAGAGUGUGAAGGUCUAACAGGGUGUGAGUUAGCCUGAAGGCUGUGGAGGAAUGGAUGAGCCCAGUGGGCUAUUCCAGUUUAACAACAGAAUAAUCCAGGACUUCUUUACAAAACAGAUUCUGGUGCUUCGCCCCUAGAUGUUGGGAUUCUGUUAGACUGGGAUUGGCCCUGGACUCUCAGGUAAAGAUGUAAAAUCUUUCCCUUAUUUUAAUGUUAUCAACCAAUAGCAGAAGCAUAUGUUAGGCCCCAUGAGUCAAAUGAGCUGGAGAAUUGCUUUAUGUCCCAUAAGAGGAAAUUUCUUAACAAAAUGGGGGGAAAGCGCUAAGUUGCCCUCAAAUCCAAGGGUGAAAUGUCUUGGUCAGGUGGCUCAUUAGUCCCUUCUGCUGACACCGCCAGACUCCAAGACCCUGCUCCUAAAGCCACCCUGCUCUCCCAUCCACCCUCUACCCACUCUACCUUAUCCUAGCUAUUAGCAAUUUGAAAUAAUUAUUUGAAUAACGUGGAACUUGAUAAAGGUAAGAAUUAAUUUACAUAUUCUAUUUAAAAGCUGUUAUUGCUCAUGAACGAUUAAGCAGUGAAGUUCAUUGAACACCAUCCUCCAAUACUCCCCAUCUUUGGUUAAUGUUCUCUGAGCUCUUGGCUAGAUCCUGCAAAGGUAAGCAGAGGACAAGUGGCCACCAGAACAUCCAUUCCAUCUCCUCCUCCGCCCUUCAUGUUGAUUAAUGGGUUUUCUAAAUAAAUUGGGUCUCCCUUUUUCUCUUUCUCUCUUUCUUAGAGAGAACCUAAGUGUGCAACAAUAGAUAAAUGAUUAAGUAUAUUAGAUGAUCUGAAUACAUGUGGAGAUAUUCCAUGCUCUUAGGUGUAACAACUUAACACUAAAAACAUGUUGAUUCUAUUAGCAAUCAGAGAAAUACAAGUUAAAAUGAGAUAAAUGUUUAUAUUUGUUGGACUGGCAAAAAGAGAAAGCUGAGUGAUAGUGUAGUUGUGGCUGUGUGGUUUCAGGAACUACAUGCCCUGAUUAUGGGGGUGUAGAUUGGUACAGCCAUUCUAGGACCAUCUGGCAACAAUGAAUCAAAUCAAGUAUAUUACCCACAAGCUGCUCUGAGGUUGUAGCCCAAGAAAACAUCCUAUGUCCACAAAGAUAUUCAUUGUAGCAUUAUUUGUGGAGGGGAAAGUUCACAGCAACAUAAGUGUCCUGCACUAGGAAGUAGGCGGGUAAAACUGGGAAGAAGCUCAAGACUGGGCGCUAUGCAGUAAUUAGAAGCAGUGGAUUAGCUGCAGCCAUAGCAAUGUAACUGAAUCGUAAACAUAUAGAACUUAAUGGGAGAAAAAAGCCAAAAUAAUAUAUUAACAUGGUCAUCUACAUAACUUAAAAAAGCAUGCAUUAAAAACGAUACAUAUAUUUUGCAGGAACAAAAACAAAAAGAUAAACCAGCGACAAAAUUGUUUAUGGGGUGGUGGUGGGGAAUGGAAGGGACUAUUGAGAUAAGUAAAUGAAUCUUAUGAUAGGCCAAGGUUGAUGUGCCAAGAACAGAAGAGUUGGCCUCCAUGGUCUGCACCUGAGGUCCUCUAACACCCACAUGUGCACACACGCAGAAAGAAAGUGGUAUGGCCCAAACGUAUAAUGAAAUGCCAUGCAGCCAUUAUACAUAUUGCAGAAGCAUAUGUUAACCCCUUCUAAACAUUGAAAUAUAUUGGUGUUAAUAUUCAGGUGAAACUGGCUCAAGAGUUACAUAGACAGUUGCUUUUUGGAUAAGAUAUGGACCCUUCUGCUGUUAAUGCUUGAAACACGUUUAUUUGAGGAGUUCCUUUCUCAGAAAAGGACCUCAGACCUCUUACAAAAAGUAUCAAAGAACUGAAACCAGAUUGCCACACCAGAUGCCACACCCCUCAUUCACUGUGAUUGCUUCCUUGCCCCUCCCAAAUUCCUGUUUUCUUACACAUUGUUACAUUUUUUAUAUCACUAUUGCCCAUGCUUCCCAGUAAGAAUCACCUGUCCCUCACAUUUUUUCUUACAUAUUGUUAUACUUUAUACAUUGUUUCUAUAUGCUAUAUAAACUCCUGGUUUAGUUGGUCAGGGAGAUGGAUUUGAGACUGAGCUUCCAUCUCUUCUGCUGCAGCACCCAAUUAAAGCCUUCUUCCUUGGUGAUACCUGUUGUCUCAGGGGUUGGCUUUCUGUGCAGUGAACAGCAGGACAUAAAACAAAUUCCAGGUGUUUUGGUGACACAAGCGGAAGAGCAGAAUAGUGGGCUGAAGAGCAUGCCCACUGUUAUUUCAUUAUUCAGCAAAAUAAAACAAAACAAAAUACCGUCAGUUAAAGAAACAGAGUAGCCAGUAGGAUUUCAGUGAUUCAAGUACUUUCUUUUUAUCUAUACAUUUCCAAUAUGUCUUCAAUGACUAGCUGUAGACAAUAAGGAGAAAAAUUAAAUUUUUUUUAAGAAAGACUUUUGCUUUUAAAAAGAUAUAAAACAAAGAGAUUAUAGAUUGUGAGAAUAUACAGGUACUGAAAGGAGACAGUGUUUUUCUAAGGCUUUGUGUUUUCUUUUUCUAUUUUUUUGAGACAGAGUCUUGCUCUAUCCCCCAGGCUUGUGUGUAGUGGUGUAAUUUCUGCUUACCGCAAUCUCUGCCUCCCGGGUUCAAGGGAUUCUCCUGUUUCAGUCUUGCGAGUAGCUGGACUUACAGGCAUGUGCCACCACACCCAUCUAAUUUUGUGUUUUUAGUAGAGGCAGGGUUUCUCCAUGUUGGUCAGGCUGGUCUUGAACUCCUGACCUCAGGUGAGCCACUGGCCUUAGCCUCCCAAAGUGCUGAGAUUACAGGCUUGAGCCACCAUGCCCAGCCUAGGCUUUGUUUUCAAAUGCAAAUGGUAAAGCCCAAGAUUUGUGUGUUGCUCUUUCCUCUUUCUGAGGGAACAGAGGGAGCCAUGGCUAUUCUAAGGAUCCCCAUUUGAAUGGGACAGUAGGACAUGCAUUACAGGGAAUGUCCAUAGAAUUGCUUCCAGCCGCAACAGGAGUAGGUAUGUUUCCAACUCAGGAAAAUUACUUCAGUACAGCAUUGUUUAACACAGCAUACAUAUUCCAAAGGGACAGAACUUUCAGGCAAAUUAUUUUUAUUUAGACAGGUUAAGGCUGGAGGAUAUGGUGAUGCCAGCCUGACACAUGCAGACUUUGAAGCUGCAACAUGCUUGCUGCAGGCCUUGCAAACAUCUUUUCAUUCUUCCUUUCCCAGAUGCUGACAGCCAUCUCCCGGCAGCACUUAAUGAAACGGCAGAUGACUAUAUAUUAGAGGCCUUCAACUUUACAAGAGCAAUAGACAUUUCUUCAAGCUGUGCGGGGUGAUAUGUUGUAGCCAUAUGCAGAUCUUUUUCCCACAUCUGGACAUACUGAACUGGCAUGUCACAGAAUGUACAGAGAACUUCAGUCUUCAGACCCAUUCCCUUUUUCAAGUGCUUGCCUGCAUACAAGUAUUGGAAUUGACAGCCCGACAUUCAGCCAGUGAUGUUGUAAGAGAUAGUGAUCUUGUGUUUUGAAAUGCUGGGUCUCAGAAACCAGUGAGAUGUUGCUGAGUGUUUUCCUAUAAGGAAUAGUGCUAAUGACUCCAGUUCAGGAUCUGAGGUGUCUUAAUUCCCAGAUAACUUGAACAUGGGUUAGGCUGAUUGGCUUUCAGCAUACAAAACAUAAUUGAACCAAGGUUCAGCAAAGCCUUAGUCAUUUCCAGAUUUUCUUGAUAUAUCAGACAUGUAGGGGGAAGAGAAAGAGAAGAAUAACACAAAAUGAUUGCUUUGAGGAUAAAAACAUCCUGGCAGGAGAAAAAUUAAAUUUAGAGAACUGCCCUACCAUAACUUUUCUUAAUGCAUGGCCUAGAAUGAAGGAAGCAAAUUUCUGUAGUUACUAUAGCUACACUUUUGCAUGUUACAUUUGCAUUGUGAACCAAAAAUCCUAGAUGAGAAAUUAUCUACUGAUUGAUUAGAACUGAUAAAGAAACCCUAUUACAGAGAACUAUUAGCUUCCUUCACUUAACAGUUUCUCACCGAUCACCAAAUUUAUCACGUAGUGCCAUAUGAGUUUUCUACAUGGAAAGAGGACAAAAAAUAGCUUAGAUCAUUCAAAGGGAGGCCUGAAUCUGAAUUCAAUUACACAGCACCUAGUAAUACUAAGAAAGGUCAAGAGCAUCAGAACCAGAAAAAUUCAGAUUCUAAUCCAAGCUCUCUUUCCAGGGUGUAUGUUAAACAAACGAUGUAGCCUGGCUGGGCCUGAUUUCUCAUCUAUAAAGUGGGAAUGCCACCACCUGGUUUGAGAAUUGUGUUGAUAAGUAAGACGGCUGAUAAAAAGCAUCU